AUUUAGAAGUGCGCCUUGAUUUGACCCGAAGCAAGAUGAUACUUUCUGUGGUGGAAGCCCGAAAAUCACGCAUAGGCCAUGGACUCUCUCUCCUCUCUCCCCCCCUGCGUUUCUUUCCCUUCUUUCUAAAUCGUUCCACGAAUUUUGGUUCGUGGUGAUGCAAUCCCUUAGCCAUGGCUUUACUGCUUGCACCAACAAAUCUUCACGCCAAGGCAAAGAGUCUUUGAGGAUUGAUAAAGAGGUUGGAUAUGCAAAAGAUGGGGAUUUCCUCUCUCUAACCAAUUCCCCGACCCCUUCUUCCUCUUCAAUCUGUACUGUUGCAGACGAUUAUAUUGAAGUUUGUCUUCAAGGUUUUGGAAACCGGGGGUCUAAAGAUAUGGGGGAAUGCUCUUCUGGGAUUUUAGGAGAGGUUAGAGACAAGUCAGGGGUGAAGACAGACAGAUUUCUCUCUUUUGAAACUGCCUUGAAGGAGUCUGAUGGAAGAGAUAAUGGUGUCAACCAAGUGGGUUUUUCUUGUAGUGAGAUUUCAGAGUUUUGUGAUGUUCCUGAUCGUUCGAAAUCCUCGAAAAGGAGAACUCGAAAGACUUCCAGGAAGGCUCAGACUUCUUUAAGACGGAGUAUUCAAAUCAUGAAUAAAAGAGCCAAUCUACGGAUUUGGUCAGAUAAAGCGGUCGAAAGAUGUUCAUCAUCAUCAGGAGAUGAUCAAGUCCUUGAAGCUCUUGGGUAUCCUCUUGGCAUGUCAAUUGCAGCUGUUUUUUCCAAGGCCCUAGAUACCCCAAGAGAGAAAAUGCCGGCAGAUCAUAUUUCAAAGCUUUGCAGUAAUGCAAUGAAGGAAUCUUUUCUCCAUUUCUUUGGAGAUCGAUUCAAUGCCUUUGUUGGUAAUUUCGAGAAAUCAUUUGGGAGCACGUUGAAGACACUACAAUUGGUUGAUCGAGCAUCUACAGAUGAGAAGACUACAGUUCCUUGCUUGUCAGAGGUCAAGGUCAAUCCUUCAAUUCCCCUGCCUUCUGCAAACAUUUGCGAUUCGGGUGGUGGAGUUGAAGAAUCAGAUGAAAAUAUUGCAGAGACUUCUAUAAGCCAGCAAGUAGUGUUGCAUGGGCACGUCAAUCAGCAGCUUGUUCAGGUGGCUCAGAGCAUAGAUGAUAUAAGGUUUAGACAGUCUGUUAUGGGUACCUUCGAGAAGUCAGUAAUUGAGCAAGCUCGUUCAAAUGACCUGAAAACAUGUGAGAUUGGUCUUAUCAUAAGGCGUAUGCGCUUGAAAGAAGCACAACUGGCUCUAGAUUCUGAUUCAAAUUCAUUGCAGAGGGUUAAAUUAUCUAUGGAUGUCUCGAAGGCAUCCUUUAAAGAGGAAAAGUUGAAAGAUCAGAUGAAGGAUUCCGGGCAUGCAGAAUUGAUCAAGAUGUGCAACGACUGUUUAGUUGCUGGUAUGCUCAUAAUGUCAGCCUCCCUUGGAUACGCUGUUUAUACGUACUCAUAUGACAGGAUCACUGAGGCUACUAUGUCAUGCACUCCUUCCUCCAAGGGUUCAUCAAAAUCUUGGUUUCGGAAUCCUAUGGAUUUGAUGAUUCCUCAGCUGCAAUAUGUGAGAUGUCAAUUCAUCGUCAUGAGCCGAUUGCUCUUUUGCAUGUUCAUGGUUUUGGCUAUUGCUUACCUUCUUCUCCAGCGCUCAGGUUCCUCGAGGCAAACCAUGCCACUGACUUUCAUUCUAAUUCUCUUAGGGGUUUUCUGUGGUUUUGCCGGCAAGUUGUGUGUGGAUGGAUUGGGUGGAAGUGGGUAUUGGUGGCUGGCAUAUUGGGAGGUUCUUUGUGCUUUGCAUCUCUUUGCCAAUUGCUUCACCCCAGCUUUAUAUUUUAUUCUGAAUGGCCCCAUUGCUAUAUCUUUUAGAAAGAAAGAGAAGGUCAGGAUUCCUUACUGGAUUCGAGUAUUUGUAUUUUACAGUUGCAUACUUGUGAUCCACCCAGUGUUAUGUGGUCUUGUGCCUUUUGCGUCUCUUCAUGACUGGAAAGACCACUUUUCAACCUUAUGGGCUCAUCAUUUGUAUUAGAAAUACGCCCCUUUCUGGCAGCAGGUUUAGAAAUGGACUUAAUGGGUCUACUUGAUCCUCUUCAAGUCCAACUGGUGUAAUUAUCUUUUUUCUUAUGAUCGAGGAGUGUGUAUUUUUGUUUGAAUGGAUGUGGUAUGAAUGCUGUAAAUUGAUAUGAAUAUAAUUAUCUUUUUCUUAUGAUC